GAUAGAUGAUAUCUUUGACAAUCUUUCUUGUAAUUGCCAUUAGUUUUCAAUUCAUUCCUACCAAACCACUCAAGUGCAUCAACUUUAAUUCCCUCUGAACAAUACACUCUCACCAAGCUCUCUUCCUCUUCAAUGGUUGCGGAGGAUUAAGCACCCGAGAAGGCCGAGAUAUCCAAACUAAUUAAACAAAAAUUAUGGCCUCAGCUCCCCCACUCCCAAUCCAGAGGCUUCCGAAAAUGGAAGAUGGGCCCACUUCAACUGUGUCGCUGCCGUACUCGAGCAAUCCAAAGAAGCGGUGGUCCAAUUGGUUGCCGUUGUUCGUAGCCAUAGUGGUGGUAGCUGAGAUCGGUUUCCUGGGCCGACUCGACAUGGCGAAGAAUGUUGACCUGGUCAACUCUUGGGCUGACUCCUUCUACCAGUUCACUACCUCGUCUCUGUCGUCGAUGUCCACCGUCCCCGCCGCCGAUGACGGUUUUACUGCUCGCGGCGGCUAUGCGGCCAGGAUCACUGAGGAGCGGGAUCCGCGCCCCGGAUUGGAGAGCUGCGAAGAGUGGUUGGAGAAGGAGGACACCGUGGCUUAUUCGAGAGAUUUUGAAAAAUACCCAAUUUUCGUACACGGUGGCGAACAGGAAUGGAAAUUCUGUGCUGUGGGGUGUACAUUUGGAGCUCAAGCUGACAGGACGCCUGAUGCUGCAUUUGGAAUGCCUCAAUCAGGUGGCACAGCUAGUAUACUUCGGUCGAUGGAGUCUGCAGAAUACUAUGCUGAGAACAACAUUGCUAUGGCAAGACGGAGGGGAUACGACAUUGUAAUGACUACAAGUCUUUCUUCAGAUGUUCCUGUUGGAUAUUUCUCAUGGGCUGAGUAUGACAUUAUGGCACCAGUCCAACCUAAGACACAGAAGGCUCUGGCUGCUGCAUUCAUUUCUAACUGCGGUGCUCGCAAUUUUCGGUUGCAAGCUCUUGAAGCACUUGAAAAAGAAAGCAUCAGCAUUGAUUCUUAUGGCAGUUGUCAUCGAAAUAAGGAUGGCAGAGUGGACAAAGUAGAUACUCUGAGGCAGUACAAAUUCAGCUUGGCUUUUGAAAAUUCCAAUGAGGAGGAUUAUGUUACUGAAAAGUUCUCCCAAUCUCUUGUAGCUGCUUUGUGGGCAUCGUUGCAAACUUGCGGGAAAUAUGGCGGUUAAUAGGGGCACGUGUGUGAUUGUGGUUUUGUUGGGUAUCCUAGCACACAGGUUUGCAUCUGUCUUAUGUCCAAAGGAGUAUUAUAAAUGGGGGACCAUGUCCCUUCCAAGCAUCAACACAUGCGUGUUCAGUUAUCUUUUUCACCUAAUCAGUCGUUGGUCAUGGGCUAGUAGCGCCCAACUAACUUUCAAGUCAAUCAACAUGUCACUUGUUAGGUUUAUAUGUUGGGUCGUCUUUUGGUUAUGAUUUGAUUCCUUAUUGUGUUUAUUCAAUUUGUAGCCCAUUUACAAUAUUUUAAUAGCUUGGCCAAUUAUUAACAUAUUGUCAUAUUCCUUUUAUUGAUCUUAUAUUAAUCUAAUUUUAUAGUGAACGCGGUCAUUAAAAAUCAUUAGUACUGAAUAUUUGUUAAAGGAUUAUCUUAUAAAGUUGUAAAUAAUUUUUAAAA